AGGAAAUGGUUCCUCAUUUCUAAGCGGGUCUACAAAAAAGAUGAUAGCUUUGAACUUUCUUGAGACAGAAGCAGUUGUGUAAUAACUGCAUACUGUUGAGUUGGAGAGAGAGAGAGAGUGAGGAAGGUCUCUUUUGGGGCUUAGUUUGGGAAGAUAGGUUUGGAGGUUUCUGACUAAAGUUUCUUAGAAUGGCAGAAAACUCCGGUAGUGAUAAAGAACUGAGGUCACUGGCACUAACACCAACAUGGUCUGUUGCUACCGUGUUGGCAAUAUUUGUGGUUGUUUCUUUGGUUGUGGAACGCUCAAUUCACCGCCUGAGCAAUUGGUUGUGGAAAACCAACAGAAAACCUUUGCUUGCAGCUGUAGAGAAAAUGAAAGAAGAGUUAAUGCUGCUUGGUUUCAUAUCCCUCUUUCUAACUGCCACCUCAAGCACAAUCGCCAAUAUUUGCAUUCCAUCAAAGUUCUACGAUGGCACUUUUGCUCCAUGUGCCAGGAGAAUUUUGAAUAGCAUGAAUCAAAAUACCUGCAAAGAGGGUCAUGAGCCUUUUGUGUCAUAUGAAGGUCUUGAGCAGUUGCACCGCUUCAUAUUUGUCAUGGCUAUCACACAUAUAUCCUACAGUUGCGUAAUAAUGUUGCUGGAAAUUGUGAAGAUUCAUAGUUGGAUGGCAUGGGAAAAAGAAGCUCAUAUGGACCGACACGAUUCAUUACACGGUCUUGAGCAGUUGCACCACUUCAUAUUUGUCAUGGCUAUCACACAUAUCCUACAGUUGCUUAAUGAUGUUGCUGGCAAUUGUGAAGAAAUUACACGAGAGCUGGCAAUGCGAAGGCAAACCACUUUUGUCAGAUACCAUACGUCAAACCCCUUUGCCAAAAAUAGGCUUCUGAUCUGGGUGAUUUGUUUGUUCAGGCAAUUUGGAAACUCGGUUGUUUGUGCAGGUUACUUGACACUGCAAAAGGGCUUCAUCAUGAAUCACAACGUGACAUCAAAAUAUGAUUUCCAUAGCUAUAUGAUUUGCUCUAUGGAAGAAGAAUUUCAAAGGAUGGUAGGUGUUAGUGGCCCUCUGUGGGGAUUUGUUGUUGCCUUCAUGCUGUUCAAUGUGAAAGGGUCUAACCUAUAUUUCUGGAUUGCUAUCAUUCCCAUUACUCUGGUUCUUCUUGUGGGAGCAAAGCUACAGCAUGUUAUUGCAACACUGGCACUCGAAAAUGCUGGCAUAACCUUUUCAGGAGGACAGUCGAGGCCUAGAGAUGAACUUUUGGGGGUAAAUAAGCCAGAACCCUUUAUUGCAUCUUUAAAUAAGUGUCAAUAAUGUGCCUUUAAUCCAGAACUGGUUUACAUGAAAAGUAUGGAUAUUGACUUUAAAUUAAUUAAUUAAUUAAAAUUAUUUUUGUAUU